AUGCCACUGUGGGCGCGCGACUUGCAUGAGGUCGACAAGCCUUCAAUCCCUCGUCCAGCCGCUACCCUCUGCACCCCGUACUCACCCCUCCGUGACCACACGCGCCCCGCAGCCGCCCCACCAGUAGCGCUCAGCUAUCUCGCCCCCUAUAUCUCCGUUGCUGAACAGGGGGUCUGCGAGCUGCUAGAUCCUAACGAUGUUCAGGGCAGUGUCAUCUACUUGUUCCUGAUGCCGUCCUUCGCGAAAAACGACGUCAGCUGCAUUCUCGAGCUGACGAACCGUAACCGGCGUGCUGGAUCAUCCGUAGAGCUUCUCCUCAUCACCCACCCGAGUCUGCAGGUCGCUUUCUCUCGUAUCGGCUUGAAUGUGCUUGGAGUCAAGAAUGCGACCAGCGACCAGCGCUUCGACACCUAUGUUGUGCACGAUGACAAGUCCCCGCUAAACGAUCAGAGCUAAUGGGACAACUCUUUCGAUAAGACGAGCUUCGACCUCAGGUCUAUGUGCAUGUCAGUUACAGUGCCAUCACAGCUGCGAGCACCUGAUAUGCGU